GAGGCGGUGAAGGCGGCAGGAAUGAUCCCGUGGACUAACAAGGAGGCAUUGAAGGCAGCGAGUGAGCUGGACUGGUCUGGAAUGCUGGAAAACGGCGGACUGGGCGGUGCUGCUGGGGUGGUACUCAACGACAGGCUCAUGACGGAGGCCUCCCUAGGGGUCAUCUCCCAGCUGAGCUCCCUGGGGUCCCUGGGGUCACUCAGCACCAUCCUAGCGGCCCAUCAACAGGAAACACCCACAGUCAAGGUCGAGCACUCCUACAGUCUGACUGCUGACCGGGGGGAACCUGGCUCUCCUCUCUCAGAUUUGGAAAGUGAAUGCUUCCCUGCAAUCCCAAUCUCAGAGGCAGAGGGCAUUGUCUCCACCCCCAACACCUCUACCACCACCACCACUACCACUCCUGCCUCUACCAUUAGAUCUGCCAUUUCAAACAUUGUCAAAGAUGGCAGUGAUAAAACUCCCUCACCUACCAGCUGUGUCGUCACAUCAACACAGGCUAAUUUGUCCACAUCUAUCAACUCCUUCCGCAAAACUGUAGCGCCAUCCCCUCUAUCACCACUACUGUCACAGCCACCUUCACCAGAGGGCAGUGGCAAUGAUGCUUCAGCCUCGAGUGGGUCCCCUUCUAACACUGUCGUCAAUGUGUCCUCCAUCAAGACAAACAUGGGUUUGAUGCGUCCCAGCGCAGUGGUUGUAACACAGCGGAGUGGUCCACCAGUGGUCCACUCCUCAGCUUCACGCCUUGGACUAAAUUCCCUUACACUGAGGCUUCCAACCACGUCCACCUCUUCCAUUAGCAGCUCCAGCUCCUCUGAUGCUGGCUUUUACAUGCCACCAACUCCACCCUCAUGCUCAAGUAGUGACAGUGAAUGUGGAAGCCAGUCUCCAACCCGCACUCCCCCAUUGUACGAGACACUCACACCACAGUUCUGCAACCCACGGAAAAACACAUCAAGAAUAAUGGUGUCUUCACGUCACCCUAUCAACACACCCCUAAUCUCAACCCAACCUAAAGGUGCAACUGGAGCCCUAAACUUGACAGAGGAGGAGAAACGUACACUCUUAUCUGAGGGUUACAACAUUCCUAGCAGACUACCACUUACAAAGGCAGAAGAAAAGUCCCUAAAGAAAAUAAGAAGAAAGAUAAAGAAUAAAAUCUCAGCACAGGAGUCACGACGUAAAAAGAAGGAUUACAUGGAUGCUUUAGAGCGCAAAGUAGAAAAACUAAACACAGAAAACAUUGACUGUAAACGACGCAUAGAAGUUCUACAGAAUUCCAAUUCUCAGCUAAUGUUGGAACUGCAACGUCUUCAGAAUGUGGUUGAACAAGAAGAAAAAUUUCGAAUUAGAUCAUCACCCAUAGCAACUCUUCUUGCCUAAAAGUGGUGAGAAUCGCCAGAUAUUCCACUACAUGGUUUGUAGUUGGUUCAUCAUUCAUUUCCACAUUCAUCUGCUUCUCUAAAAGAUUUCAUUAAGGUAAAAAUCUCAAUGGUUCUUUCAUGACAAGUGCCUUUCCCUUGGACCCAAGUGGCAUUAUUAUUACCUGAAUAAGGAUAUGAAUCAGGCUGUCUCGAUGCAUUCCACGACAAUGAAGUUCAUAUUUACUGUUGUGUACUGUAGUAUGAUUUAGGAUAAUUCUGUUUGAGAUCCUGAUUAAAUGUAUAUAAUUUAUGAAAAUGGUUUUAUAGUAGGCUAGACAAGUUUGACAGUGUAGGAGUUUAGGUUGUUGAAGAGGUUUUAGAGUUUAACUGUGAAUUUUUUGAGUGUUGUACAGAGAUGAUUUAAGAAAUAUUAGGGUGAUGACAAUACUGUAUUGUAUGAUUGAAUGCCUCAUUGUUUACUGUUAAUACUGUACAUUACUCUAUUGGUUUCUGAUGGUGGAAACUAUCACCAACAUCAUUAAUUACAGUAUAAUGUGUGAAUGAAAAACUUUGGACUGGAUUUUCAGGAAUAGAAAUAAAUUAAUGUGUCAUUCCUGAAUAUUACAGAUAAAAUAAUGCAUCCAUCUCAAUAUUUUAUAGGGUCAAGGUGUGGAUUUAUAUAAAGAGUAGAGACUGAAUUGUCUAUCUCAUAAGAUCUACUGAAAAUUAAUAUGGUACAAUACCAUAUUGUUGUGAAAAUUUAGGAUGCAUUUUAUCUCUUAUUUGCCAUCAUAAGCUAGAGUUUAACUGGGCUUGUUAUGUGUUGUCUCUGCACAAAUAUCUAACAAUACAAUGUUUUCUUUCUGAUAUAAAUACUGUAAACAUUUUUUUACUGAAGAUAACCUGCCUUGUUUUCAAAGUACGUAUCUGAGGAGCCCAAUGUGACAUGAGUGAGAUGAUCAUUUUUUGUGAAAUUUUUGCUGCAUAACAGUAUUUAAUUCUUUAUUUUUCUAAAGAAUAAUUCUUCGAUAGAAUAGUCUGAGGCAAUUUUCUGCCUACUGAAGGUACAAUGUAUGGAAGGUAUAGUAAUCUGUGAUUAACAGCGCUGAAUAUCAGAGUACGUAGUCAAACUACCAUUUGCCUUAAUGUUAUUAUGAGGAUCAACUGAAGCUCUUUUAGUAAAGUACUUCUGAGCUUACGAAGCCAUAUCCUCAUACAGUACUUACGGUAUAUUUUUAGGUACAGAACUAGUAAAUACAGUACAGUAUAUAUUUUUAGAUUUUGUUUCAUGAAAAUAUGAUUAGCAGAAUAGUAAAGAAUAUGGAUUUAAUGGAUUAGCUUAGAUUUGUGUUCAUACACUGGCUCAUUUAGACACAAGAUAAUGAGAAAGAUAUGACAAAUAUUUCAGGGAAUUAGCCUAAACCAAUGGGAUUUGUUAUAGACAAUUAUUAUGAAGUGUUGGGUACCAUAAUUAUAUAGUAUGUAUUACUGUAAAUUAUGCCAUUGCAAUUUAAUACAGGUAUUCAUUAUAUCCUAAGGGACUACUGCAUUAUGAAUAAGAUACACAAAGCAUUAGUUCAGAAUUCCCAUGAUUUACGUGAAUGUAAUAGUAAAUCAUCAUACAAUAAUAAUUUAUUUAAUUCUUCUGAGUAUACCAGUUUACCACACUGUUAUGGGGAUAGCAAUGCACCGUUAAGAAUGUACGGAUCACCUGUUAUCCAGAUAUAAAUAUGACUUGCUAAAGUAGGUCAUGUAUGGUUAUCAGAUACAGUACUGUAUAAGCUUCAUAUUAUGUCUAGAGUGAUAAUCUCAUAAUAAUUCUGAUACAGUAUAUAGUUUAUCCCUUCAAGUCAAGGCUGAGAGUUGAAUGCUGUACUAUUAGCGAGAUUUUUUCUAAUUUACAGAUAAUGAUAUCAAAAUUGUCAUCAGUUUGUUCAACACACACUCAUUAUCCCACACUCACCCAGGUGGUACAGUACAUUGUGACUUCCCCAAACAUUUAUAUUAUUGACCACAUCCACACCUCCAAGUUUUAGCUGUACGGGCAUCUCCCGAUCUACGAUACUCCGCUUUAACAAUGGUGAUGUAUUAAGACCACCCCCUAUCUACAAUGUAAACAAUCUGCAUGAGUGAUGGUAAUUGUCUGGCCAAAGCACUUUACAAUCCCCCCCCCCCAAAAAAUAGCAAAAAUCACUUGUCACCAAAACAGAGUACAAUGUGAACAUUAAUGAUGUCCUCUCACUGUAAGGUAAAAAAAAAAACUGAUGAUUAGUUGAAUUACACAUCUCGGCCAUGUGGCAUCACCAUAGAAGAUACUACUGUAGUGCACCAGGUGGCUGCAUGUCGGCACUCAUGCUUGUUGUUGUCAACAUGAGUGCCGCCAUACAGCCACCUGGUGUACCAAGCUAUCCUCUAUGGUGAUGCCACAUGGCCGAGAUGUGUAAUUCAAUGAUUAUCAGUCAGUAUCAGUAUUGUUACUUAUCAUCUUUUUUCUUGUUUUUUACAGUGAGAGGAUAUCACUCACAUUCACACUGUACAGUGUACUUUGUUUUGGUGACUGUGAUGUGAUUUUUUUUUUUUUUUUUGUGACUGUAUACUGUACUGCUUUGUUGCUCGUUGUCAACCUGUGAGCAGUGGUGGCCACUAUCAUUGUUUUUACAUUUUGUGAUAAGGUCAUUCACUUUUUUGUGACUGAAGUGAGCAGGAUUCUUAAUGAUGUGGUGAGUGUUGUUUAAUUGUUUUAUGUAUAUUAUUAGUGUAAGAAUUCUUUUUUCGGUGAUACAAGCAGGUGUUGGACUGGCUGGGAACGUAUCCCAUUGAACCCCAUGUUAUAAUGAUCCCGAUCUAUGAUAUUUCACAUAGCAAUGGGUUUUCAAGAACGUAACCCUAUCAUAAAUAAGGGGAUACCUGUACCUGUACAGUUUUCUUGCACAUCUCUCCCAUAUCAUAAUUCCCUCUUACUUUGAGGUUUCCAUAUCCCUUGAUCCACCUCACUUAAAAGUAGGAAAUGAAUAAACAGUCACUCAAGCAUCAACAAUGAACAUAUUUGUUAUUAAUUCUACUUACCAAUAGGGCUUGGUAAAUAAUUGAUGUAAACUCUUUAUGCAACAAAAAGUUAAAUUGUGUUGAAAGGUUAAUGGUUUGUUCAGUUGGCAUAACAAGAGGGGACAAGAAACAAAUAGAGGUUUAUAAAGUACAGUAUACAAUUACAGCGGACACUAUCUUUGAAGGGUAAUAUGACAAAAAUAUGUAUAGGUAGUAAAUCACCUUGUAGGGAUGCCCUAGCUUGUAUGUGAUCAGGAAAAUUAAAUAAAAUAUGAAAGGCAAUCCCAAUCUGGUGUAGUCAAAUGACUGAAGCAUGUUUGACUCCUGGCUCCCUCUUUCUUUAUAGAAAUGACUUUAAUCCAGGUAAUCAAAGGAAUUUGCCUUUUGACAUUCUGAAACUUUCCUGAAAGUUCAUUUGCAGAGAAUUAUGGAGAAUCAUGUCAGGUAUAAAUAUACCAUUAAUAUGAAAAUAUAAUGUUUUUUCUCAAGAGAUCUCCGAUAGAUAGUAUGAAACUUCUAGCAAAGAUGAUAUCUUAAGAUAUGUAUUUUAAUCACAAUUAGUUUUAUUGUUUUCAAUGAUUUGGAUUGCCACUUCAAAUUAUCCUCUACAUUUUGAAAUGUAGAAAAUCUUUUCACUUUCAUUUGCUUCAUACUGUAUGAUGUUAGAUAGGUCAGGAUAGGGUAUAGAAUGCCUUCAUUCUAAUGCUGCCUUGUUAGUCAUGUAUAAAUGUACAAAGAUAAUAUUUAUAAGAUUGAAGCAUUUAUUCUGAUAUUUUAAGAAUUGAGAAUAAGGCUAUGAUUAUUUUAAGGUUAAUGAUGUAUAGACAAGUGGACCAACCAUGUCCAUCACAUUUGGGAAACACUUUUAUUGCUUUUAUUGUUAUUUAGAAAGGUGUUUUCAGUGUGACUGUUUUAAAGCUGCUGUUCUGCUUGAAUUUUAGUGCUUUAGAGUUGUAUGAUUUACUACUGAAUGUCAUAAAUUUAUAUUGUGUCAAGGAACAUUUCUGAGUAUUUUUCACAUAUUACAUUCAAUUGUAUAAGUCUAAAGCAUUUUUGUGUCUUAAAGCAGAAAGUAUCUUGUGUCACUACGGUGCAAGUACAAUAAUAGAAUUAUAUGUUUGUAUUAUUUUUGGCCAAAGUGCAAUGUCAAGGUGUUGUGAGGAUUAUGUAUGGUUGGGAGUGCAGCUGUUGGUUACAAGAACAGUCUCGGUGUUCAUACAAUGCAAUUAUUUACUCACAUCUUGAUUCUCUGACACUUAACAAUUUUAUAGAUGCUUCUAUUAUAAAAUAUAAAAUAUUUUUGCACAAAAGGAUUAUAAAAGAAGCACAAAAGCAGAAGUUGCUAAAAGUUACAUUGUGAAUCAAGCCUAUUUUCUGUAUUUUAAUAAUAGCAGUGUUUGACAUUAGAAACUUGUUGCUCUACCCAUUUCUGUCCCACCAUCUCACUUGUGUGACAAUAUACACACAUCAAAUUU